CCAUAAUACUCUUUACGAGGAAACCUCCUUUAGGCUGAAUACUUUCAUGGCAACUACUAUGUUUGAUAGCCCUUACGGAGUACGACCAAAGACAAUUGAAGUACCACUCCAACAAGAGAAUGUGUUAGAAGUUGUUUGUAGUGAUUUGCCCUCAAAUCCGAAAGAGUUGACUGAUAUUUUUCGUCAAGAAUCUGUCGAGCUUCCUUACUAUCGCACAUUAGCUGUUGAGUAUUAUCGCCAAAAUAAGAUUGAACAGAGUAUUCAAGUAGUUCAAGCUGGCUUAGACUAUGCGAGUCAGUCUUCAAGAACCUUACCAAGACAAAAGUUACCUCUUCUUAAUUUACGAGCCACACUUUAUUUACGAUUAGCCAGAUACGAAAAAGACGACAAAAAACGCGAAGAAUAUUUGAAUUCGGCUACUCAAUGUAUAAACGAAUCAGACAGAAUUCACAACCAAUAUGAGCCCAGCUUUCUCAUCAAAGGCAACUUAUAUCUCCAGCGCAGAAAAAUUGACGACGCAGCCCGUUCAUUCAGUAUGGUCCUGGAAAAAAGACCGAAUUGUAUCCCUGCUCUUUUAGGACAAGCCAAAAUUCAAUAUCACCUUCAGAGACACAAAGCAGCCUUAAUUACAUAUCAAACAGCUCUCAAAUAUGCACGUGGCAAGUACUCGGGUGUAGAGAUUCGCUUGGGUAUUGCUACUUGUUUUGCAAAAUUAAAAAUGUAUUCAGAAGCCAAAGCAGCAUUGAGAAGAGUAUUAGAUGUUAGCCCGCAAUCCGAUGCGAACGCACUUAUUUUACUCAGCAUUAUCGAAUUAAAUGAAUCGAAACAACCUAAUACCAAUCUUAUUGAACAAGAGACAGCUUUAGAGCACGGUAUCCAGCAUUUACGAGAAGCCUAUAUGGCCAAUAAAGAACAUCCUGUUGUAUUAAGUAUGCUAGCAGAUCAUUAUUUCCUUACCAGAGAAAUAGAAGAGAUAAUGAAAGCAGCAUCCAAGGCCAUGGAUUUAACAACAAGCUCAGUCAUUAAAGCAAAUGCUUCUUAUCAGAUUGCUAGAGCACAUCAUCAAAUGCAGGAAUACGAAAACGCAUACAAAUUUUACGCGCAGGCAGUAGAAUACUACCCUGAGCAUCUGUUAUCACAGUUUGGUUUGGGCCAGAUGAAAUUGAAGAAGGGAGAAUACAAUCCUGCCAUAGAAAUAUUCGAAAAACUCCUCAAAUUGCAACCUGAAAGCCCAGAGAUUAUGCAAAUUUUAGCCUCACUAUAUGGAUUGGUUGGAAAAAAAGAUAAGUCUUUAGAACUGUUCAAUAAGUUGAUAGAUCAGGCAAAUGAGGAUCCAUUUUUAGCCAUAGAAAUUGCCGAAAUGAAUGAGGAAAAAGACAGUAAAUCGUCAUUAAAAUAUUAUGAGCAGUCGAUAUCAAUUCUUAAUGAUUUGCCAGCUGAAGAUCCCGAGGUCAAGCAAGUCAAACCUGAAGUAUUGAAUAAUAUGGCUGUUUUGCAUCAGAAAACAGGCAAUUUGAAUGAGGCAGAACAUUAUUAUGGCCUUGCAUUACAAGAAAUCGAAACAGCACCCGGAAAGGAUAAACACUUGAAAUUGACUAUAAGUUACAAUCUGGCAAGACUUUAUGAGGAGCACGUCGAUAUUGAAAAGGCUACAGCAAUUUACAGAAAAAUUGUUGAAGACUAUCCAGGAUAUAAAGAUGCUCAUUUACGCCUGGGUGCAAUUCAGCAGAUGCUAGGACGACGUACUGAUGCUAUCGAUUACUUCAAGGAAGUAUUUGAUACUGAUCCAAAUGACCCAGAAGCUUGGAUCAUGAUUGGACAAGCACAAGUGCUAGAGACUGACAAAUUGACUAAAAGAUCCUACGAACGAGUGUUAAAAGACUGUGAUAAAGACGAUAUUUAUACCCACGUAGCCCUCGGCAAUUAUCACUCUUCAGUAGCAAGAGAAAUGAAGGGGGAUAAGAUGAAGAAGGUGAAAGCUAAUGAAUACAAGUUAGCUGUGAAUUUCUAUAUUCAAGCCUUACGUCGUGAUCCAACCAACGUGUAUGCAGCAAAUGGUUUAGCUAUUGUACUUGCCGAUAAUGGACAUGUAGACGAAGCGCAAGACUUAUUCACGCAAGUGCGCGAAGCGGAUGUGAAGAAUCCCAAUGCCUGGGUUAAUCUUGCUCACAUUUAUGUUGAAAUGAAGCAAUACAACCAAGCCAUUGUGAUGUAUGAAAAUACCCUCAAGAAAUUUUUCAACAACAAGGAUGUUAACUUAAUACUCUGUCUCGCAAAAGCACAGUACCUUUUCAGUAAAAUGGAAAAGGACUAUAAGAUGAUGUAUGAAGCCAUGAAAAACACGCAAAAAGCACUGUUAAUUACACCUAGCGAUAAAACUAUCUCGUAUAACCUAGCUCUAGUCCAACAGUCUUAUGCUCAGCAGGUGGCUGAAUUAAGCCAAGAAGAGAGAAAUUCAGAACUAUUACAGCAAGCCAAAAAUUGUAUCAAUUCUAGUCAAGAGAUAUUCCAACACUUACUGCAGAGUGAAGACCAAGUCAUAUACGAUCGAAAGAUCGUUGAGCAAAGACAAAGGUAUGGUGUGACAUUAAGCAGUCAGGUUGAUAGAAAGAUAGAAGAACAAAGAAAAAUAGAUAAAGAAAAGAAUGAUAAGUUAGAAGCUGUCAGAAGGAAGAGAGAAGAAGCUGAAGCUAAGAAAAAGAGGGAACAACAAGAAGAAGAAAAUAAAAGAAGAGAGGAAGAAGCACGAAUUGAAGAAGAAAGAAAACGACUCAUGGAACGUGUCAGGGAAGAAAAUAAAGUGAUGGCAGCGAGGGCACAAGAAGAGGAAGAAGACGAGAGAGAAAAGGAUGAUGAUGAAGGGAAGAAAAGACGAGGUAGAAAGAGAAAAGAACCAGUCGAAGAGGAAGAUGCGGAAGCUAUUGUACAAAAAGAGGAAAGAAAGAAAUACAAAACAAAAAGAAUUAUUGAAGAUAGCGAUGAAGACGAGCUCUAAGCUAUCAUUUAGUCUAUCUUUUUAUACAAAUCUUUGAGAAAGAGGUUUUCAUAUCGACUACUUUCUUACACUCUUGAAUUUAUAUUUACUAGUUGUAAUUAGAGCAACACACAGCAUCUUAAAUUGUAAUAUAAUGAUCUUACGUUUAAACAAAGGAUUUUUAUUACUGACAUUUUUAAAAGCCCAAUGGACACGGGAUAUUAAACUUCUCCUCAGCUCCAAAGGCUGAGGAGAAUCUAAAAACCCCUUAG